GACUCGAGUUCUUAUAGUUAAAUACUAAAUUUACCCUACCUCAGUCAAUUUCCGGCAAGUUAAUUCCCUUGUGCUGGUGACUUGCAAGAAAAGUUCACAUCAAACAUGUCUAUAUUAGAGUACAAUGGUGCUGCCAUCAUAGCCAUGAAAGGCCGUGAUUGUGUGGCGAUUGCCUCGGAUCGUAGGUUUGGAAUACAAGCACAAACUGUCAGUACUAAUUUCCAGAAGAUUUUUGAAAUGGGACCUCGUCUCUACAUUGGUUUGCCAGGUCUGGCUACAGAUGUUCAGACAGUACAUCAGCGGUUACAAUUCAGACUUAAUCUCUAUGAAUUACGGGAGAAUAGGAGAAUUAAACCUAAGACAUUUUUGAGUAUGGUGUCCAAUUUACUUUAUGAAAGAAGGUUUGGUCCUUACUUUGUGGAACCAGUUAUAGCUGGCCUUGACCCUAAGACCUUUGAACCCUUCAUAGCUUCAAUGGAUCUGAUUGGUUGCCCUAUGGUCACCGAUGACUUUGUUGUUAGUGGCACCUGUUCAGAACAAAUGUAUGGCAUGUGUGAGUCAGUAUGGGAACCCAACAUGGAUCCCCAGGAAUUGUUUGAGUCGAUAUCUCAGGCGUUACUGAAUGCAGUGGACCGUGACGCCGUAUCGGGUUGGGGAGGAAUCGUCCAUAUCAUUGAGAAAGACCAAGUCACAACUACAGAACUCAAAGGAAGAAUGGAUUGAUGCCCCAUUAACCUAGCUACAUUAGUGCUUCAAACUCUGUUCUGGGUCAUGACAGUCAGAAUUUCCUCUGACUUCAGGGCUAGUGCUGAAAACUUUUCUCAGUGUCAUCAUAAUUGUUUGUGUCUACUUCAUGUUUCAUGUGCAGUUUUGAAUAAACAACUUAAAAUAUACAACACAA